AUGUCUGCUGAAGCCGCUGUUACUGAAACCCCUGUAGCUCAAACCGAGCAACCUAAGGAGGAACAAACUACAGAAGCAAAAAAGGUUUUCACAGAAGGAAAAGAUUUUUAUCUUGCUGGUACUUAUGACCAAGCCUCAGAGAAAUUGCGCGAAGCUUUGAAGUUGGGAGUUGAGGCUUUCGGAGAGUUUGGAGUUGAAAACUUCGACACCUACUACUACUACGGAAAGGCUCUCCUCAAAAAGGAAGUUGCUAAGCCCACAGAGACUACUGAGGAAAAUAAAGCUCAAGAAGAAACAAAUGAAGCUGCCGCUGAUUCAACCGAGUCUAAGACUCCCUAUGUUCUCGCUCUCGAAGCUUUCGAAGCUGCCCAAAAGAUAGUUGAAGCUCAAGAGGACAAGAAGGAUUGGGAACUUCGCGCUGCUAAAGUUGUUUUCGCUACUGGUGAAGUUUACGAUAAGGAGGAUAACUUUGCCAAGGCCUCCACCUUCUACGCCCAAGCUUUAGAGCUUUUUAAUGCUCUUAUCGAAUCCGCCAGCUCAGAAGUCGUUGAAACUCAAAUUGCUCUUGCUAACGCGUACAAAAAUACUAAAGAAUUCACCAAGGCUCAAGAGCUUUACACCAAGGCUAAGGAAACCAUCACCGCAAGAGCUGAAAUAACUGAUGAAGAGAAGGCCAAGAACCUCAAAGAGGUUGAAGAAUUAGAGAAGAAAAUUGCUGAAUUGGAAUUGGAGAUCCAACAAUCUGCUCCAGAAGUAGUGCAGGCCGAUGAGAAUACUACUGAAGUUGUGAACGAAGUAACCGAAAAAAUUGAAAAUGACAGUAUUGCCAGACAAGGAGUUAAGAGAAACGCGGAAAUUACUCCAACUGACGAAUCCAAGCGUCUUAAAGAGAUCAAUAACGAAUAA